AUGUGCAGCUCUCUGUAUCCAGAAACCAAUUCCAACAACAUGCACAUAUGUGCGUCCUGCGUAUCGCCGGAUGGCACCAUGGCGCAUUGCUCACGUCUCUCGACUCUCCUCCCAUCCUGGGCCUUUCCUCCAUUGGCUGCCUCCUCUCCACGCUGACAUCCAAAUCAUAUAAACCUGGGUCCUCACACCUUACCCGGGGUCAAAUGUCUUGGGCAACGCAGCGCAUGCAGCAGCCUCUCCGGAGACAUCAGCAGAAAGAAAGCCGCGUGGAGCCGGCGCGCAGCGAACAUCCGUCCUCUGGAAUUUAAGCUUUUCUUCAGGGCCUCUUUCCACUCGUCUCAGAAUGACCACGGUGCGCACGCUGGUGGCUCCGGUCGGCUCGGCUCACUCAUGCAUUUGAGGGAAUACAUGUUGAAGUGGUGAAUGAGUUCUGUUGGCUGCCGAUCCCCCAGCACACACCGUUUUGGGGCACUACCGGAGAGAGAGCGAGGCCGACGGACACCACGGACACGAGCCCCUUUGUCAUCCAGCUCGACAUGAACCUCAUUGGGGGCUACCAGCAUCACCACCACCUGAUGCACGAGCCCUUCCCGUUCGUGCAGCGCUGUCACCAGGAUGCGCCGUACUUCCAGAGCUGGGUGGUGAACCACGGCGAGGUGCCUCCGGACUUCCAGAUCCAGGCGCCGUACCCGGCCGCGGAGCACGGCGCGCCCGGAGCGACGCACGACGCCCGGCUGGAGGGGCUCCAGGCGGGAAUGGGCAAGCGGCGGACGUCGGGGCCGAAGAAGGAGCGCCGGCGGACGGAGAGCAUCAACACCGCCUUCGCGGAGCUCCGGGAGUGCAUCCCCAACGUGCCCGCGGACACCAAACUGUCGAAAAUCAAAACGUUACGCCUGGCGACCAGUUACAUCGCCUACCUGAUGGACGUCCUGGCCAAGGACACCGGGGAGACCGAGGGCUUCAAGGCCGAGAUUAAGAAACUUGAAAACCGGGAUCUGAAAAGGAAACGUGAGCCGGCCGACGGCCCGCAGGAGGCCCCGGGAGCCGAGAAGAAGGUGAAGGGCCGGACCGGGUGGCCGCAGCAGGUCUGGGCUCUGGAGCUCAACCAGUGACCUUCCUCCUCCUCUUCCUCGCUUCAACCUCCUCAGACUCUGGAUUCAAAUCGAAAAGAAAAAGAAGAAAACACAACCACUGACGGCCUGAAGCCAACACGCUGCUGCGCACGCGCAAUGAUGCGCAACAAAAGUAGAGGAUGAAAGGACAACACGCCAACAGGUGAGCGCGGAGGGGAAGCGCGAUGGACACAGCGUCGGUGUCCUUGUCUCCUUGUGCGGCGGACAAGUCCACACACACACACACACACACGCGCGCACACACACACGCACACACCUCUGACUGUAUGCUACGUGGUAGUUGUGCCUCGUGAUGCUCCUCCAGUGCUGUGAACCCGGUGUGGACCCGGUGUGGACCCGGUGCCAAAAGGAAAAGAAGAAAAGUUAAAAAGAAAAAAAUAUUUCCCCCAAAAAAGUGUUUAAUGUGCGUGUUGUGAAUAAAUACCGUAUAACUCAUGUCAUGUGGUGUAAUGCACAAUAUCUAUACGUCUGUUGCAGAACAUGAUAUUUAUUUACAUUGCAACUUGUUUUUGGUGUGUAAUUUAUGACAAAUCACAGAAGCACGAGCUGCACCGCACAAUAUUUAAAAUACACUUCUCAGAGCGAGUCACAGGUGUAUAUACAUACAUAUAUAUAAACACAUAUAUAUGUGUAUAUAUAUAUAUGUGUGUAUAAUAUGUGUAUAUAUAUAUAUGCAUAUAUAUACUUUAUCUAGUAUUAAGUAUGACCUGAAUACUUCUAGUUUCUUAAUUUGGAGCUGUAAACAAACAUCAGCGAAACCGCAACACAUCCAAAUGGUACUUUUUAUGAAUUAAAUCAAUAAAACUCAACAAUGUUAAAGCACUAAAGAUGGAAGUGAAAUUAAAUGAAAAUAGAACAAAACAUAAUCUAUAAAUUGUUUCUGUCGAGCAGGUCAAACACACACACACGCGCACGCGCACACACGCACACACACACGGUCCCGGCUGUUGAAGCUUCUUUGGAGGAAAUUAUUGAAUUGACUGAAUCUACCUCAAAAUGAAUGUCACUGUGUGUUGUGAGACGCCGAAUGUUCCGUGAACGCACCGCUGUCACUGAAUGUUCCGUGAACGCACCGCUGUCACUGCAUGUUCCGUGAACGCACCGCUGUCACUUCAUGUUCCGUGAACGCACCGCCGUCACUGCAUGUUCCGUGAACGCACCGCUGUCACUGCAUGUUCCGUGAACGCACCGCUGUCACUGAAUGUUCCGUGAACGCACCGCCGUCACUGCAUGUUCCGUGAACGCACCUUUGUCACUGCAUGUUCCGUGAACGCACCGCUGUCACUGAAUGUUCCGCGAACGCACCGCCGUCACUGCAUGUUCCGUGAACGCACCGCUGUCACUGCAUGUUCCGUGAACGCACCGCCGUCACUGCGGCCUGUUCAUCACCAACUCUAAAGGGAUUCGAGGUUUAUUUCUGUGCGAGAUGCUGAUGGAAUGUACAUUUUGGAUGUGAAGUUAUAUUUAGUUCCGUAAAUAAAUGAAUUAUUUUAAGUCA